AUGUGGCAAACUGCGGACUCCUGGCCUUGGAGGGGAGAGGCCUUGCCAGGCGCGCAGGAAGCGUCUACCGGGAAUCUCACCACCAGUGGGCGUUUAGCGCAGCCAAGCGACCGGCUGGUGCCAAGGCUCAGCAACAGGGAGGCGCCGGCUGAGGCGGGGAGAACUUUGCGCUCCGAGCAGAACCACCCUUUGCUGGCCAGUCGCGUCGCUCCUCGGAGGAAGCUAGCGGCGGCAGCGACUGGGCGGAAAGAGGACGAAAGGAAGAGAGGAAGUAGCGAGCGAAGUAGAAAAAUGAAGCCUGAGCUGGAGAAGCCCGCGAGGGGAUGGCCCACGGUGGAACGAGGCGGCUUUGGCUUCUUUUCCGCAUCCCGGCCGAAGCCCGGGGAGGGCGCAGGGGCCGAGACCCUGUGGCCUCGGGACGCCCUCCUCUUCGCCGUGGACAACCUGAACCGCGUGGAAGGGCUACUGCCCUACAACCUGUCUUUGGAAGUAGUGAUGGCCAUCGAGGCGGGCCUGGGCGAUCUGCCGCUCUUGCCUUUCUCCUCCCCUAGCUCGCCGUGGAGCAGUGACCCUUUCUCCUUUCUGCAGAGCGUGUGCCACACCGUGGUGGUGCAGGGGGUAUCGGCGCUGCUGGCUUUCCCCCAGAGCCAGGGCGAGAUGAUGGAGCUCGAUUUGGUCAGCUCUGUUCUGCACAUUCCAGUGAUCAGCAUCGUGCGCCACGAGUUUCCGCGGGAGAGUCAGAAUCCCCUUCACCUACAGCUGAGUUUAGAAAAUUCAUUAAGUUCUGAUGCUGAUGUCACUGUCUCAAUCCUGACCAUGAACAACUGGUACAAUUUUAGCUUGUUGCUGUGCCAGGAAGACUGGAACAUCACCGACUUCCUCCUCCUUACCCAGGAUAACGCCAGGUUCCACCUCGGCUCUAUCAUCAACAUCACCGCCAACCUCUCCUCCACUGAGGACCUCCUCAGCUUCCUGCAGGUCCAGCUUGAGAGCAUUAAAAACAGUACGCCCACAGUGGUGAUGUUUGGCUGCCACAUGGACAGUAUCCGGCGGAUUUUCGAGAUUACCACCCAGUUUUGGGUAAUGCCCUCUGAGCUUCGUUGGGUGCUGGGGGACUCACAGAACGUCGAGGAACUGAGGACAGAAGGUCUUCCUUUAGGGCUCAUCGCUCAUGGGAAAACAACACAGUCGGUCUUUGAGUACUAUGUGCAAGAUGCCAUGGAAUUGGUCGCAAGAGCUGUAGCCUCAGCCACCAUGAUCCAGCCAGAACUUGCUCUCAUUCCCAGCACAAUGAACUGCAUGGAUGUGGAAACUGCAAACCUCACUUCAGGACAAUAUCUGUCAAGGUUUCUAGCCAACACCACUUUCAGAGGCCUCAGUGGUUCCAUCAAAGUAAAAGGUUCCUCUAUCAUCAGCUCAGAAAACAACUUUUUCAUCUGGAAUCUGCAGCAUGACCCCAUGGGAAAGCGAAUGUGGACCCGCUUGGGCAGCUGGCAGGGAGGAAAGGUUGUCAUGGACUAUGGAAUUUGGCCAGAGCAGGCCCAGAGGCAUAAAACUCACUUCCAAAACCCAAGUAAGCUACACCUGAGAGUGGUUACCCUGGUCGAGCAUCCAUUUGUCUUCACACGGGAGGUAGAUGAUGAAGGCUUGUGCCCUGCUGGCCAACUCUGCCUCGACCCCAUGACUAAUGACUCUUCCAUAUUGGACAGCCUUUUUAGUAGCCUCCAUAGCAGUAAUGAUACAGUGUCCAUCAAACUCAAGAAGUGCUGCUAUGGAUAUUGCAUUGAUCUGCUGGAAAAGCUAGCAGAAGACAUGAACUUUGACUUUGACCUCUAUAUCGUUGGAGAUGGAAAAUAUGGAGCCUGGAAAAAUGGGCACUGGACUGGACUAGUGGGUGACCUCCUGAGUGGUUCAGCCCACAUGGCAGUCACUUCCUUCAGCAUCAAUACUGCACGAAGUCAGGUGAUAGACUUCACCAGUCCUUUCUUCUCCACCAGCUUGGGCAUCUUAGUGAGGACCCGAGACACAGCAGCUCCCAUUGGAGCCUUCAUGUGGCCACUGCACUGGACGUUGUGGCUAGGGAUUUUUGUGGCUCUGCACAUCACUGCCAUCUUCCUCACCCUAUAUGAAUGGAAGAGCCCCUUUGGUAUGACUCCCAAGGGGCGGAAUAGGAGUAAAGUCUUCUCUUUCUCUUCAGCCUUGAAUGUCUGCUAUGCCCUCUUGUUUGGCAGAACAGCAGCCAUCAAACCCCCAAAAUGCUGGACUGGAAGGUUUCUCAUGAACCUUUGGGCCAUUUUCUGUAUGUUUUGUCUUUCUACAUACACGGCAAACUUGGCUGCUGUCAUGGUAGGUGAGAAGAUCUAUGAAGAGCUUUCCGGGAUACAUGACCCUAAGCUCCAUCAUCCAUCCCAGGGCUUCCGCUUUGGAACUGUCCGGGAAAGCAGUGCUGAAGAUUAUGUGAGGCAAAGCUUCCCCGAGAUGCAUGAGUAUAUGAGAAGGUACAAUGUACCAGCCACCCCCGAUGGAGUGGAGUAUCUGAAGAAUGAUCCAGAGAAACUAGACGCCUUCAUCAUGGACAAAGCCCUUCUGGAUUAUGAAGUGUCAAUAGAUGCUGACUGCAAACUUCUUACGGUGGGGAAGCCAUUUGCCAUAGAAGGAUAUGGCAUCGGGCUCCCACCCAACUCUCCACUGACCUCCAACAUAUCUGAGCUGAUCAGUCAAUACAAGUCCCACGGGUUUAUGGAUGUGCUGCACGACAAGUGGUACAAGGUGGUUCCCUGUGGCAAGAGGAGUUUUGCUGUCACCGAGACUUUGCAGAUGGGCAUCAAGCACUUCUCUGGGCUCUUCGUGCUGCUCUGCGCCGGGUUGGGUCUGUCCAUCUUGACAGCCAUUGGUGAGCACAUCGUGUACAGGCUGCUGCUACCACGAAUCAAGAACAAGUCGAGGCUGCAGUACUGGCUCCACACCAGUCAGAGAUUACACAGAGCGCUAAACACGUCAUUCGUAGAGGAAAAGCAGCCGCGUUUCAAGACUAAACGUGUGGAUAAGAGGUCCAACGUGGGACCCCGUCAGCUCUCCGUGUGGAACACUUCCCAUCAGAGUCACGACAUCCCUCGAAAAUACAUCUUCAGUGAGGAGGGAGGACGAAACCAGCCGGGCCUGGGGGCCCCCCAGGACAUCCCUCUCCCUCCCCGGAGGAGAGAGCUCCCCGCCUCGCUGACCACCAACGGGAAGGCGGACUCCCUGCAGGGAGCGCGGACCUCGGUGAUGCAGGAGCUGGUGGAGCUGGAGAAGCAGAUCCAGGUGAUCCGGCAGGAGCUGCAGCUGGCAGUGAGCAGGAAAGCGGAGCUGGAGGAGUACCAGAGGGGGCGCCGGACUCGUGAGUCCUAGGCGGCCACGCUGCGCCCCCUCGGCCCCUGGCCUUCCUCGGAGCCCUGGGGACACCUUGGGAUGCUCUUUUGUAACCACUGACGAAGGUAUGGGGAGCUGAGGUCUGGGUCUUAGAGGUCAAGUCCGCCCCGUCGGGCAGCAGCUCUUCCCACGCUCACCCUCAAGGUGUCCAGGGUAAUGGCUUCCCAGGGCAGGAAUCCUACACUAGUCAGGAGUGAGUUCGGGGCAAGGGAUCUGCGACUAACAGACAACCCCAGCUCCGUUAGCCUCCCACCAGGUGCCACAGGACUACUUCUGGUUUCCAGCCCUUUCUCUGCACUGACAACAAGGGAUACAAAAUUGUUACUCAUUCCCUUGUCUUACUGGGUUGUUGGUUUUAUUCUCAGUAUAGAACAGGGUUGCCAGGAUUGUGGUUUUGACACAACUCCCCAAACUAGAUUUGUUCCUGCAUUGUGAAUGGGGCACAGGGUCAGAGCUAGAGAAGCUGAGGACGGGCAAGUGGGUGUUUACAGACAUUGGCUGAACUCAUCCGUAUCGCAGCUGGCCCAGGCUUGAUUAGAUCCCGUAGAGCCUCAUUUCUCAGAAGGUCCCAGCUCUCUGACACCAUCCAGACAUUUAGUAGGAAUAUGUUUACAUGCCAUUAAGAACGGGGACAGGGAUGGGGUGAGCGGGGACAGAGGACAGGCCAAAGAGGCAUUAAAAAUAGACGCCGUGCUUUUAGAACAAAAGCUCUGGGCCAGAAAAGCAAUUUGGCUGAGAAAUGAUCAGGACUAUGCUUGCAACCCAGCUGAGCAUCUCCACGGUAGCACGUGCCUUCUGUAAAGGAGAGAGAGAAACAAAGCAAGGAUGCGGCCUUAGGAUGCAACUGGAACAUCCCUGCUUAUUGUAACUGGGGGUUUAUCGAACGUGAUCUGCAAACCACAUAUGAGGCCGUUCAGAUCAGCGGUCACUUAGCUCUUAGAUCUAAGAACCCCAAAUGUGAGCCUCAAGCUCGUAAACAGCACAGGCUGCACCGUUCAGAAAUGAGCCCUGUGCUUUUCAUAUCUCUAUUGAUAACAGCCAAGUUAGUCUCCCAGCCUCACACCCACUUUUCUCUGAGGAGCUGUGAAUAGGUUUGGUCCCUCCGAUUCUCUCCCAGUCCUCAUCGAAUGCUCUUAAAAGAUUGAUAUCAGGAAAAAAAAGAAAAAGAUUACUAUCAGUAACCUGGCACCCCUUUCCCGCUGUACAACUGCUCGGACAUGCAGGAAGGUAAAGGCAUAUGGGAACUAGAGAACAUCAGCUCCCAAUGUCAGUGUAGACAGAAUCGUCUAGGAACUCGUUAGAAUGCUGGUUGUCCGGACCCUUCCCCAGAGGAUGGGCGGGGACAGGGGAGAGACUGGAGGUGAGCUCAGAAACCUCCCGCUAACCCGCACCCCCAGGUGACUGACACGUGUGGUCCAAAAAUUACUCUUCAGGAAACACUAAAGGUGUGGCAGUCCCAGACAAUGGGAGAAGUGAGAAGAGCCUUUCUGAGAGUCUUAUUUCUUGUUUUAAAAUCUUUAUUGUUGAAAGUUUUACAUAUGUCCCCUUUUCUUUCCC